AUGUUUUUAUUAUCUGAUACAAAUAAACAUUAACUUCCCGUUAUUAACAUUUAUAGACUAUAGUGUUUGCAUUUUGCUUCAAGCUCUCCGCAGUUGACAGAAAUUAGAACUUGUUACUCGUUAAUCAUUAUUCAAUAUUCAUUAUUACUUAGAACGGUCGACCUACAUCUAUAAAUAAUUUUCAAAAAUAAUAAUUGAGUUGAAACAUUACGCUUUAAAGUUUUAUUAACUUGAGUUAAACUUAAAUCAACUAAUUCGACGCCAUAGGCUACACGUAUAUCAUGCCUAAUAUCCAAUGCCAAUGCUGUUAAUUACAACUUUAAAUAAUAAUAGACUAUACACCUAACAUGGAUAAAUCAAAUAUUAAUUUACCAAUGAUUAUUUUAAACAAUAAACAAGUUUUACUAAAUUGUACAGUAGUUUCUGAACACUUAAUUACUAACAGUGACAGCAACGUUCUGAAAAUACCAUCAAAUAGAAAUGUACAUUCUAACUAUCAACCAGAAAAAAUGUCUAUUAAUAAAAAGAGAAAAGGAAAAAUACGUUUUAAAUGUUUACAUUGUGAUUAUUUAACCUUCAAAAAACAAAACCUAGUUUUACAUCUUCGACAAAAGCAUGAGACUAGAAAACUGUCAGAAUGUGAAGCAAAAACUUAUAAUACAAGAACAGUUGAAGUAUUCACAUGUAUUCUUUGUAAAUUAACAUUUGACACACUGGAAAAAUGCAAAGAACACUUAAUGCAGCAUGUAAAACCAUCAAACAGUGACCAUAGCAGUAAAAUUAGAAAUGUCAGUUUGAAUAAAAUUAAUUCUGAUGAUGUUGAAUAUAUCGCAAAAUGUGAACAUUGUAAACGUAAAUUCAGAUCAGAAAAUUCCAAAGUACUUCAUUCGUUAUGUCAUUUAAGUGAUAGUAAAGACUACAAAUGCAGUGAAAAAGAUUGUGAUUUUACUACUUCCAGGUGGAAUGCCUGUCGGUUCCAUUUAUGGAAACUUCAUAAAAUUGAUGUAGACAUGUUUAGAUGUCAAGUUUGUAAAAAAUAUACAACAACUACCUAUCAUAACCUAAUGAACCAUGUUUCAAUGAAGCACAAUAAAACGCUAUUUUGUGUUGAUUGCGGUGCUGAAUUUGAUAAUUCAAUUCAAUUACAAAAUCAUAGAGUCUUCCAUUCAAAAGCUAAAUCCGUGAAUAAAGAAAGAUGGUAUAUGGAAAAAUCCUGUCCAAUAUGUCAUAUGGUGUUGGCUAACUCAAAAAGCUUAAAACUUCAUACAAAAAAUGUGCACUUAAAAUUAAAACCCUAUGUCUGUCAAGUAUGCAAUCACAGUUCAGCCACAAAGCACAUGAUGCAAGUCCAUAUGCGACAACACAAUGGUGAAAAACCUUUUUCAUGUGAUGCUCCUGGCUGCAGCUUUAAAACAGGUGAUCAUAAUUCACUCAGACGUCAUAAACUUCGUCAUACCGAUGAUCGACCAUAUAAAUGUACACAUUGCAACUAUAGAUGUAUACAAGUAACUGCACUCAAAAGUCAUAUUACAAAUAAUCAUCGAGACAGUGUGGGUAACUCAUAUUAUUCAUGCAACCGAUGUACAUUUGGUACUGUAAGCUUGAAAAGAUAUAAUGACCAUAUAUUUAGCCACGAUAAUCAAGUUCAAAAUGGUUUGGAGCUCAGUCCUAUUAAACGUCAAGAAACUAAAAUUGAUGUAACCGAUGAUGAUGAUACAGCUCAAGGAUAUGUCGAUGAUACAGGUGGAAUUACCAUUUCUGAGAGUGUUAACUCUGUUGUGUUAAAUUCAGACGAUAAUGCAAUCAUGCUUGCAUAAAUAUAUAUUACUAGUAUAAUUAUAAAUUAAUAUCAAUACACAGUAUUUAAAAAAAUAUUAUUUAUUCUGUAAAUUAAAUUCUAGAAGAAAAGAAUAUAUAUUAUUUAUAUUAUGUUGUUGCUGAAAUAUGUUAAAAACGUUUGAUGAGAUUUUGUAAUCGUUCAUCAUUAACAUUUACAUCCCUGCACCU